GAAGGCGGCCGCCUAUCCGCUUUCUCUGUCUCGGCGGCGGCGGCGGCCAGGAGGAGAGGAGCCGGAGGAGAAGCGCCAGCCCCGGCAGAAGGUAAUAAAUCAUCUUUAAUCAAGAUGUCUUCAGCACCUGAGCCCCCAACCUUUAAAAAUGAACCACUCAAAGAGAAAGACUUUCGAAUCCCAGGGCUCAGGGGAACCCGCACAACCACCUUAUUUCGAGCUGUGAAUCCAGAGCUUUUCAUUAAACCUAACAAGCCUGUUAUGAUUUUUGGAAUGAUAACACUUACACUUUGCGUGGCUUACAUGGGUUACCUACAUGCAACUCAAGAGAAUAAAAAGGACCUCUAUGAAGCUAUUGACAGUGGGGGAGCCAGAUAUAUGAGGAGAAAAACAUCUAAAUGGGAUUAAUAGUGCUGAUUACUAUAGACAGAGCUAUAUUAAGGUCUCUGAGAUCUUCAGAUGAAAGACUAUAUUGUACCAGGUAUCAUGUUUAUAAUCCUGCAUUAUGUUUAUGUGUAAAGAAUGUUAACAGUUUGGCAUCCAGAUUUCUGUAUUGAAUUCUGCCUUUCAUAGCUGCAGCUCCUUCCCUUUACACGUACAGAAAAACGUUCAAUUUUUUCCUCCUAGCAAAGCCUCUUGCAAAGUUCUGUAAGAAUGCCAGUCAUCUCUGUUGAAUUGUGUAAUAAAAGCAAAAGAAAAGUA